AAGUAUCAUAUUACGAAGGAUACUAAAACGAACUGAAAAACUUUCUAAGCGUCUCUUGACUUAGUGACCCUGACAUAUAAAAAAGCCUUUUCUUUAUAGCACGUUUGUUACUUGCCAUUUAAUCGGGAUAUACGCUUGUGGAGUUGUUGCUGUCAUAUAUCAACAAAGAGCUCUGGUUAAACUCUGCAUUAUCCACUUCUUGCAGAUGCGGUUGUAUCACAGGUGUCCUUCACUCAUAUUAGCUUGAACUUUACCAUUAAAAAUGUCUGUUAUACGUCAUUCUUCAGUACACUGUAAAUAUUGGUUUUGUUUACAUGCUGAAAGAUAUUUUAUUAACAAAUUCAUCUGCUAUGCAGAACAAUCUUUGUAGUAUUGUACAUUUUCAAGCAAAGGAAUUCUUGGUAAAUAGCAAGGUGAAAUGAAGAAAGAGCUCACAAUCGACCAGGUGCUAGACAAAAUCGGCGAGUUUGACAAGUUUCAAUGGCUGAUGCUUGCAAUUUUUGGUUACGCUGAGUUUGCCCUGGGUGGCUUUUCCAUAAUGAUUGUAACAUUUAUCACUGCAGAACCAAAUUGGCAAUGUGUGAAAGGAUAUAACAAUUCAAUCUGUAAUUUUAACGAAUCUAUUGGCUUGACCAGUAAGCAUUAUAAAGACAGAUGCGACAUGCCAAGAGAGGCAUGGACGUAUGUUGAAGGCUUUACAUCUACUGUGACAGAGUACGAUCUAGUUUGUGAUAAGUCCAUACUUCAGUCAGUCGCUCAAUCGUGUUACUGGAUUGGAAUGCUACUAGGUUUGCUGUUUGGUGGCUAUCUCUCUGAUAGAUUUGGUCGAAAAAAAAUAUUUAUAGCUGGAGUAAUUGCCAUAACGAUUGCUACAUGGAUCAUGAUUUUCCCAAAGUCGUUUAUUGUCUUUAUUGUAUGUCGCAUUAUCAUUGGUGUUGGCUUAGGUUUUCGAAAUGCAACAAGUUUCGUUCUUCUCACUGAAUUUACCACACAGAAACAUCGUGCGAAGAUUGGAGCUGGUUCAUUUUUGUUCUGGGCAGCUGGAUUGUUGGUACUUCCGUUGAUUGGAUAUUUUGUUCCUGAAUGGAGAUAUUUUCUCUUGGUGACAGCCUGCUUUGCUGUACCUUGUUUGUUCAUGAGCUAUUUUAUCCUCGAAAGCGUCCGUUGGUUACAACUUCAAGGCAAAGAUGACAUUGCAAGGAAGGAAUUAGAAAAAGUUGCUCGCAUAAAUAGGAAAGAAAUGCCAAGAGAUACUAUUAAGGAGUUUAACGGGACUUUGGAAAGUGGAAAUUUUAAGCAUCUCUUUUACAGUUUAAGGGUUGCAAAAGUAACGUUGAUUAGCUGGAAUAUGUGGUUUGCUACAUCUUUAGUUUACUACGGAGUUUCGUAUGGUUCCGUGGAUCUUGGUGGAAACAGAUAUCUUAAUUUUGCAUUGUCAAGCAUUGUCGAGCUACCGUCUAAUGUCUUGUCCAUUAUCUCGGCUAACAGAUUUGGUCGGAAAAAAAAUGUAAUUGUUGGUCUUCUGCUUGCUUUUGUUGCUUCGAUAAUCUCUGUAUUAAUUCCAGGAAAUCGUUCAGAUGACGGUUAUACAGUUACAAGGAUCAUUAUGUCAGUUCUUGCAAAGUUUUUCAUAAACAUGUCAUUUUCUGGAAUUUAUAUUUGGAGUACAGAACUCUUUCCGACUUUCAUAAGAGGUAUGGGUGUAAGUACAUCAUCAGCUGCAGCAAGACUUGGUUCAUUUUCAGCAAGCUAUAUCGUUUGGCUGAUUCGUGUUCAUCCCAUGCUGCCAUAUGGUAUUAUGGGUAUGAUUUGUCUCCAAGCAGCUAUUACAGCAAUGUUUCUUCCCGAGACAAAAGGAAAACCAACAUUAGAAACGCUCGACGACAUGGUACAAAGCGCUUCAUCUACGCCUGUGAAGUUCAUUGUCACGGAUGAAUUAGUGAUUGCAAACAAAGCAACAGAUUGCAGCAUCGAAUAAAUUUACCGACAUGAUAAAUUUUAGUUUUAUUACUUGCAACAAAAGUAUUUGAUGAUUUAAGAUGAGUAUUAGUGCCAAUCCCCAUGAAUCAAAAACAAUAUUGCAUAAUCUAGUACUUUCUAACUCUUUUACCGAAACCACAGUAUAAAGAACAUACAGUAGGGACACUCCAUUGAAUUUUUUCGUGCCACGCAUAUCUUAAAACGCGUGUGAUUACCAUAUUAGCAGCCAGUAAAUUGC